AUGGAAAAGCCGAAACCUGUGAACACUGUUGCUUCUGCACAGUUGGUUGGAGAAUCAAGUACUUUUAUCUGUACUGAGUGUGGUGAUGGGUUCAGCCAGUAUACCAAUUUGUUGACACACAUGGCAAGUCAUGGACCUCUGGAGUCCUUCACCUUUGAUGGCUCUUCCAAUGGAUUUGAAAUUCCACGGGAAUAUGUGCUACAAGAAAAUGGAACACUGACAGUCGUGAAUGGCUUUGUGCGGUCACAGUCACCAGUAAAACCAGCAUCUCCUGGUAUUCUUCCAUCACAUUAUCAUUCUAUCCCUAGCAGACCAGUGUCUCCAACCCCAAGGCCACAGCCCACUCCUUUCAGAGAUGUGUUCAGGCCGAAGCCAUCAGAUCUGAACAUCGACAAAUCACGACAGGGCCAUUUCCGCUGCGAAAUAUGUGGUAGAUCAUUCAACAACCUGCAAAGUUUACAUCGUCAUCAGCAAUAUCGAAAUACAGAGCGAGGGUACAAGUGUACUUUGUGCUGCAAGAUUUUUGAAGGUAGACAGGACCUCAAGAAACACCUUCAAAGCCACAUCAGUGAAAGGUUUCACUGUUGUAGUCACUGUGGUAAGCGGUUCCUCAAAGUGGAUGCACUGAAAACCCAUCUUAAAGAAAAGCACCCACCCCCCAUUGCCAAAUCACUAGACCGACCUGAGAGUAAGCAGGGUAAAAAGAUGGAGAAAAAUUACUCUUGUAAAAAGUGCAAAUUGAACUUUUUCUGGAUAUCAGAUUUUCAGACACAUGCACUGUACCAUUGCAAAGGAAAAGUACCUAUAGCUACUUUUCCUUCUGAAAUUGAAAAUGAAGUGCAUGCAAAGAACGGAGAAGUCAUGCCACUUGAAAACUGUUACAAUGGUAAAUCUGUCAACAUCAAGAAUGGUGAUAGUACAAUCUUUAAAGACUCUAGUGGUAAGCUUGAACACUCCUUCACACCAUACAGAUGUGGUUUAUGCGGGGAUCGUUUCCAAAAGUUAACAGCCCUGAAAGAGCAUCAUCGCACUCAUCAAACGCAGGAAGAGAUAGAUCAGCAGAGCCAAGAAUCACAAAAAACUUUUAAACGAAAAAUACCACCGAAAGCCAGGCGUAGAAGAUCAAGUAAUCCUAAUGGCAAAUUGCAUCCUUGCAAACACUGCCAUCGUGUCUUUAAUCAUUCCAGUAGUUUAUCAAGGCACAUGAGAUACCAUAAGGGUACCAUGCACACAUGUGCACUUUGUGGGAGACACUUUCCACAGCGCUGUGAUUUGAGACGACACAUAGCCAUGUACCACAAAACUGAAUUGGAAAAGAAGCCUGGCUUGAAAAACUUGUUAACAGAUCCACAAAACGGACCUGAGCAGAAUUCUGUGAUUGGCGAGAAAAUCACAAACUCUCCAGAUGAGAAAACCAAGAGUUCCUCAGACAAUGAACAAACUGCAUCCCAAGAGCAGCAUCCAGUGGGUAAGCAAGCAGGUAGAGGGAGGCGGAAGAACUACAAGUGCCAGGAAUGUGGAAAGAAAUUUGGGUUGUUAUGUGUUUACCAACGGCACUUGCGUUACCAUAAAAAGGAGCCCAACAAGUGCCCCAGAUGUCCAGCUCAAUUCAUGAAUUCAUCCUCCCUUGAACUUCACCUUCAGAAUCACCCAAAUGUGGAAGAGGCAGAGGAUGUUGGACAAACAAGUCAUGCCACUGGUUCAAGCAGAAACUCUACCAAAGAAAAAGGCAAUCAAGAGGAUGCUGAGGAUGACUAUGUGAACAAUAUUCAAAAGGAUCAAGCUAAUUCUUCAGAUGCUCUCUAUGAAUGCACUGAGUGCACUGAGACAUUUUCGUGUUUAGAGACAUUUCUUCAGCACCAGUCUUCUCACAGCUCAGAAAAAAAUGGGUAACUAUUAUGCCUGGCCUGUUGUUUUAGCCAGCAACUACAUUCAAGGAAUUCGUGUUUUUGAUUGUUUCGAUUGAAAAUAUUUUUGUAUAACUGUAGAUCAUUAUUAUAGAAUUUGUGAAAAUGUUGCCUCACUUCUUUUAUUCAUUUUCUUUGGCAUCAGUAAAAAUCGAGUUAGAGCUAGAGAAAGGGUGAAUGGUGGGUCGGUGGUCAAAAUGAACCAAGAGAAAAGACUACAAAGAACAAAAAGACAUGGUAAAUGUGUCUCCAACAGGCUAUGGUUAGAUCUUAAAUGUGUUGCUUUUCAUUGUAUUUUGUAUGGUAUUGCUACAUUGUUUAACUUGUUAAUAUGUGAUUUGGGUAUUUUUUUUAAUAUGUGGUUACCUUUGUGAAUAAUUGCCUGUUUUGAAAAGAUAGCAUUGUAACCAAUACGCUUUUUAAGUGAACCAUUAAAGUCAAACACAAAUUCUAUAUGAUGUCAGUGUAAUAGUUCCUAAAUCACCUUUUAAAAAUGUCAAGGUCGUAUCAUGGAGACAGCUAGGUAGUCAAAGUGCAGCACUAUCCCGAGUCUUGAGCAAAUUGUAUAUUUCAUGGAAACCAUAUUGUCCAGUAUGAAUAAUCCUAUCUAGACAAUGAUCUGGAAAGUAAUGAGUAAAUGAUGGGAGUGCAUAAAGGAGUAAAUUGAUACAGAUUUUCUCUGGUUUGCCUCAAAAUAUUGUUUGCUUUAAGAUUUUGGCUGUUUGAUUGAAGAUAACCAGGUUCUAUGGGCAAUCAUUCUAAAUUCGAUUACAUCAUCAUAUGGUACACUUUUUACUUUACUCUUGCUGAAAAAUCCACAGCACCCUAGCUCUUCACUUCAGAAUCAGAGAUGUUGUUGUGAGCAAAUGUUGUUUGCAGCUUUGUCAAUGAAAAUUGGUACUCAGCUGGUGCUAUAGAAAUAUUGAUUGAUUAAUUUGUGUAGCAUUAUCAAGUUUGACCUUGGGAUUACAGCCAAAGUGCUGAAUUAAUGGUUUACCUGUUAUGUCAAGGGCACACAGGGAUUGUCAAGGGCACACAUGUCAAUCACUCAAAGGCAGAUAGCUUUUAACAGUGCAUUGUUAAAGGGACAUUUCAGCGUAAGAUUAAGUUAGGAUCAAACACACUGUAACACUAGGUUAGACACCCCCUUGAGAGAUGAAUGUUGCUGACUGCUUGCUUCUCUAGUUAUACCAACUUUAGUAACGACCCAAUGAUAGCAAUACACAGCAGGCCCAGGAGCAAUGCGCUCAACCAAAAAGCCUCUCUAUAGCCACAAAUAUUGCCCACAACAGCAACCAACCAACUGCAGCGGGGUUCGCAGCUCAAGGAAGAUUUAUGAUCAUUUCUUCAUGGAAAUGGUAUCAGACUGAGACGCUAAGGCAGAACUACUGCUUCUGCAGUGCAAAAUGAUAAAUAUGAUGAUCAUCACUUCAAGGAAAUGAUAAAGUAAUGAUUACAAAUGUUGUUCCUUGAGCUGCAUCACCUUGCAGCAGUCCGUAAUGGAUUGGCCCGAGGUCUCGCUACAAACAAGUGGCUGCUGGUAGAGAGUAGGUGAGUUGUGUUUAGUCUCUUUGCAAAAUAAAUUAGGCAAAGUUAAAAAGAUGUUUGGUGGCUAGUGCUGUGUCAGGACCCUAAAUGUACUGUUGAAGUUAGGUGCUGUUCUAAGCAUUAUUUGUGGCUUUUGAGUGGCUUUUUGAUUGAGCACGUGGCUCCUUUGACUGCUAUGUAUUGAUAUCGUGCAGUUGUUAUUAAAGUUGGUAUGACUAGAGAAGCAAGCGGUCGGCAAUAUUCAUCUCUUGACAAGGUGUCUAACUCAGUGUUACGGUGUGUUUGACCCCAACUUCAUUUUACGCCGAAAUAUCCCUUUAAACCCUACCAGACAAAUUGAACAGCUAUUAGCCCUAGGAUUACGGAUGUCCCGAUACAAGUGUUUUACUUCCGAUAUGAUACCGAUAUUGUAGCCCUCAGUAAUGGCCAAUACCGAUAUUGAUCUGAUAUUGGCACAAACUUUUGCAUGACAAGUUUUGCACUCAGCUACAACAUCUUUUUCGGACUUAAACAAAAAUACUGCCACAUGGCCGAAUUUACUCCUACUCCUCACUACUUUGUUAGUACCUUAGAACACACUACUGCAGUGAUUACGUGGGCUAUGUAUGCUUGAUCCAGGCACUGCUAGAUAGAGGUGCUGGAGCAGAGUGCUAAUAUCGGAGAUUUUAGAUGCAGGCCAAUAUAAUCCGAUAUUUGUUUUUUUGAUAUAUCGGACCAAUAUCUGAUAUCAAUAUUGCAUUAGGACAUCCCUACCUAGGAUAUUGUUUAGCCAUGAGUGAUGUUGUCAACCACAAAAUGGAUGGCCAGUUUGAGAGGCCAGUUAAAAGGACAUACCUAUCAGACUUCAUUGGUAAAUUUGGCUUUGUUGGUGUGGUGGUACGAAACUAUAGAUCAGGUGGUAACCAGACAUCUGUAAAUAUGCAGCAAAAAAUCCCAUUUAAAAUACUGUGGACAUAAACAGAAAUUUAUGAUGUAAUGUGAACUGAUAUGGAGAUGUGUGAGAGGUUUAAUUGGGCAUUGUGCAAAAAAAGUCACAUGGGGCAAAAGGCAAGCUCUCAAAAAGGUACCUCUUGUAGUACAAUGAAUAUCUAGAAUUCAAAGUUCUUCAUAUAGAAUUCUAAUUUUGUUGCACCCUCAUCACGUGACAGCAGAACUGCCAACCCACCCCAUCAAUUGUCACUGUUUAAGAAGCAGGAUUGCCCCCCUCAACAGACCCAAGCUCCAGGCUCUGGGGCCCCUGAUGGCCAUCACAAACCAAACAUAUGUCAGUAGGUUGUGAGAGAUAGUAUAUCAACAGGGUUAUCAAAGGGGCACAUCCUUGAUCUCUGGGGAGCAUAACAGUUAGUCUUGGCAUUCAAGGGGUACCACCUUCAUGGUGGCUCUCAGUUACCGUCAUAUAUCCAUAUGCAGAUCUUGGUCACUGACCGAAAAAGGGAACUUGUUCCAUUCCAACCUUCUUUGAAGUGUUGUUGACCUUGCCUGACCACCUUCCCGUUCUCAAAGCAUGAUGCAGAGAAGUGUACUAGUGCAGUUUUCACCUUGCAUGGAUCAGAUGUUCAGCAUCUGCACUGGUAUUCAUCAAUCCCUGCCCAGAGAUCAGUGAUUGUAAAAGUUAAGCUGCACAUUCACUUAUAACUUACCUGAGCAUGUCUUGCCAGUUCGCUACCAUAGACUGUAUAUUCUAUGGACAACUUGGUUCCGCCCAUCGCCUGUAUACGGAUUUGAUGCCAAAUAGCUCUCUGUUGUUUCAGGAUUUUUCUUCAUUUCCUGAAACCAGCGUUGCGCAGUAGCGAGGGCACGCAGUCGCCAAGAGUCGCUGUGAUGACGCUCAGCUCAAACAACGUAUCUCCCCGGGAAAGCUACGCAAUCCCUGAAUGCCCACAGGCCGUAUCAAGUGUCAAUCAUAGAAAACAUGAACCCCCUAAUAACUUUUAAAAACGGAGCUUCACAGAAAAAAAGAGGACUUGAGCACAAGCCAGUCUUACUGUAACUACAUGUCAACAUCACAAGCAGGGGGGAGAAAAAUCUAUAUUCUGUGUAAUUAAUUUCUAAAGUUUGUCCACAGCUCCAUAAGCUUUGCUGGCGGAGGCGGGAUUUAUGACCUAUACUGCAGCCCAUCAACAGAGGGUGCUGUUCUCAGAGUGGCUUCACCCAGCGAGGAGGCAGACUCUGUCCAUUCUUUAUACAGUCUAUGUUCGCUACCAAAUCGGAUCGCUGAAGCAGUUAGAUGCUAGCUUAAUGGUUCAGGAAAUUACAAUGGUUUUUAUGGAUGUUGCUUUUUUCAAACGUUAAGGGACAGAAGGGGAGCAAGCCACCAUAAUAAAAACUUGCAACAACAUUACAUACUAUAGCUGCUACCAUGAGACAAGAAGCUCUCUGUCUCUCUUUCCUGCAGUAAUGGUCACAGUGUGAAUGGUCAUGAACAGUUAGCUUUAGUACCAAUACAGAAGAAAGGGGUUCUGUUAUCAACCUGUCAUGGAAUAUGAGAACUCGUGAAGUACCUGGCUCUGCUAUUGGCAGAGCUGAUUGGCACUUUUGGAUCAGUGGGUCAACAAUCUACCUGUCAAUACCUGUCAACAAGGUACCAAGCCAACUUAUCAAAGGGGAACUGGAAAAUACUUAAGUUUGGCCAUAUUUACAUAGCAUCACUACACUUUCAUUGGCUCAGAAGUUGACAUUCCUUGUUACAGACAAGCUGAUAAUAUUCUCUUCCCAACUUAUUCACAUAUUAAGUUAGUAAACACUGUUCCAAGGUAGUAUGCCGUCAGUCCCAAAAAACUAGCGACUGGACAGUAGUUGCUCUCAUAUUGGAGUUGGGUGGGGGUCUAUUUGUUCAUUCAUGGGCUUUAAAGUAAGGUCUGAAACUCUGACCAGUUAGUGUUGUCAUACUUUGCAAAUCACCUUACGGUAGUUUCUUGUUCAGUGUGUGGGACAGAAAGAGGCCUUGUGUUUGUUCACCCCCUGCAAACUGACUAUAAAUAAAAUGUUAGAGUAGGCCACACAACACAGCCUGAGCCAUUUUGCUACAGGUAGAGUUUGUGCACUCAGACCCCUGCCUCUGUCAGCUUGUUUCUAUCUGAAGAACCAAGCAUCACCAUAAAAAAAAAAAAAAACUGCUUUCCCAGGGGCAUUGGUUUGGCUCAGUUGGUGGGCAGGCACCCAAUGUACAGAGGCUACAGUCCCUGUCGCACCGGGAACAUGAUUGAUUCCCAGUUCCAGCAGGGUGUGGUACAUGUCAUUCUCCCCCGUCUUUCUCAGCCUGUCUUCUCAAAAUAAAGGCCCCCACACACACACGCAUACAUGGGGUGUUCCUAUCAGAAUGGUUCUGAGAUCUUAGGAAUUCACUAACCCCCCCAGCCCCCUCCCAACCCAGACACAUCACUUUGUUGAAACUGGACUGAUAAGCCCUCCAACUCUUGUGUCUUACCACAAACAAUCAGAAUUGCGGUGUCAGUUUAAAGCAGCAUACCUCAAGUAAAAACAGGUGCAAAAAAGCAGAGGUGGAGUUCCCUCGAACCUUUUUUAUUUUUUUUUAUUUUACAUGCUACCACAUGUAUUGCCUUUGUCUCCAAAAUGAAGUACAAUGGCACAAAGGUCUUUUGGGAGAUCCAAGAGUGCAGCCUUCAGUCACAUCUCCCAAUGACACCAAGGCUUUUGUCUCGCCCAGUAAUGAAGCUCUUCAGAACAUCUGAAAGAAUUGCCGAUCCUCUGUGUGAUGGCACAUCUUCGACUUUCCAACUUCAUAUAUCUUAACUCACAGAGCAGACUGGACAGCCUCAAAAGUACUGCUGAAUCUUGGAAAUGGUGUAGCAAUGUUUGGGGGUAUUUGCUCAGUGACUGUUUUGUCAAAUUUUCUUGGCAUCUAUGCAUAUGAGGGUGUGGGGUAAAGGCAAGUUCUUGCUUGCUUAGAUUACUUCCCCAGUGAUCUUCUAUUUUUUUUUAGGAAAAAGUCACAAAUGGAUAAAUUACAGUAG